UGUUACGCUCGUUCGUUACCUGACUGGCGAGGUUGAGCUGACAGAGACAACAGCCACAGGAGAGAGAGGAGGAACAUGGAAUGAAGAAAAUUACAAAAAACACAAUGAGGUUGGAAUUACCGUGUCUUAAACCAACCGGAGAAGGUGUAGAGCUGUUGUGUUAGCCCGUCUGUCCAACCAACCGCUCCACCAGGUGUAUCAGACCGCUGGGAAUGACUGCACCUUCACAACCUCACCAGGAGUGGGCCCUGGAGGACGACGCCCACAUCAAUCACACAGCCAGGAGCUAGGAGCACAUUUCUUCCUUCAGCUAGGAUAGCCUUUCUUACUUUAGCUUGGAGCACCUUCCUUCCUUUAGCUAGGAUAGCCUCUCUUCCUUUAGCUUGGAUAGCCUUUCUUAGUUAGCUAGUGUGAGUCCAGUCCUAGGUUUAGAUGCAGCUUUGAUGCUGGUGGUGAUUUAGAGAGCGAGAGAGAGACCCACAGAAGAGGAUGGCUCAUCAGUUCACCUGAUCUCUACCCUCACUGUUGCUAACUUGAUUAGUAGUUAUCAGCCGUAGGCCUCAUAAAGAGUAUAUUCACACUCACACAUUCAGUACUAGUCCUACACUGUGUGGUGACUUGGCUCCCUCCACCUCUCCAUUCCCCUCCGCCCCCCUGCCGGUCUGGUGGAUGUUUUGGCGGCUCUGAGGACUGCAUGGCAGUGGCGUAAUCGUGGAGAGGCCAGGGUACCACAAACUUAUGGACUUUGACAAGAGAGGAGGAGGAAAGGGGGAGGCAGAGGAAGGGAAGAGGAUGUCAAAGUCUGGAGGGAGCCGGUCGGGGCAUGGCAGUCGCAGCUCAGGGAGCAACUCUGGGGUGCUCAUGGUGGGCCCUAACUUUCGGGUCGGGAAGAAGAUUGGUUGUGGGAACUUUGGAGAGCUACGCCUGGGGAAGAACCUGUACACUAAUGAAUAUGUGGCUAUCAAACUGGAGGCCAUCAAGUCCCGGGCCCCACAGCUCCACCUGGAGUACAGGUUCUAUAAACAACUGGGGAGUUCAGAGGGCGUCCCCCAGGUAUUCUACUUCGGGCCCUGUGGGAAGUAUAAUGCCAUGGUUCUGGAGCUGCUGGGACCCAGUCUGGAAGACCUGUUUGAUCUGUGUGACAGAACCUUCUCCCUCAAGACCGUCCUCAUGAUCGCUAUUCAGCUGGUACAAAUGCACACUCUUUAUUUCACUUUGUAGCGGUAUUUAUUGGAGAGGGGUAAAGAUAAAGAUUGGGUUCGGGCGCCGGGCAGGUAUUAACCAUGCCGAAAGGAAAGGAGUAGAAUAGAGAGAGUACCACUACCAGACCCACACACAUCAGCAGAAGAGACUGCCUAGAGUGUAGCCUGUUUACCAGAUAGCCAGUGUAGAGAAAAGAGAAUACACACCAUAUAAAACCCACGUCACAGCACAGGGGUAACCCCACCCAGCAUACCUCAUCAGCACAGGGGUAACCCCACCCAGAAUACCUCAUCAGCACAGGGGUAACCCCACCCAGCAUACCUCAUCAGCACAAGGGUAACCCCCCCUAGAAUACC